AUGGCAUCACACUUUCAUUACAUCUUCCCCAACAUUGUGUUCAACGAGCACCCUUCUCGGGACUCCAUUGACAUCCCAUUCGUAGUGACCAAGUUCUACCAGCACAUCCUGGCCUUGGUGUUUGCCAUCCUACAGAUUAAUGAAAAUCCCAAGUUCCUGCCCAAUAUCACUCUUGGCUUCCAGAUCUAUGACAGCUACUCUGAUGCGAGGAUGACCUACCGGGCCAGUAUGGACCUUCUCUUCAAAUCGCAUCAGAUGAUUCCCAACUACAGAUGUGGUACUCAAGGAAAUAUUAUAGGAGUCAUUGGGGGACUGAGUGCUGACAUCUCUUAUCGCAUGGCAGAUCUCUUUCACCUUUACAAGAUCCCGCAGGUGCCUCCUCCUUCUCUGUGUAAUGACAUCUGCCAACCUGGGUACAGCAAGAAGAAGAUCGAAGGGAACAAAUUCUGUUGCUAUGACUGUGCCCAGUGUCCUGAUGGGAUGUUCUCCAACCAGGAGGCUUUUGAAGAAACAUUGGCCAUCAUCUCAGUUUCCUCGGCACUUCUGUUCUCUCUGCUCACGGUCCUGGUGCUUGGUAUCUUCAUUAAGCAUCAAGACACUGCCAUCGUCAAAGCAAACAACCGGAGCCUCACUUACGUUCUCCUCAUCUCACUCCUCCUUUGCUUCCUCUGCUCCUUGCUUUUCAUUGGGAAGCCUAACACUGUGUCCUGCCUUCUUCGACAAGCUGCAUUCGGCAUAGUCUUCUCUAUUUGCCUCUCUGCCAUCCUGGCAAAAACAGUUUCUGUGGUGCUGGCAUUCAUGGCUACUAAACCAGGAUCCCAGAUGAGGAAGUGGGUGGGGAGAAGACAGGCCUAUGCCAUUGUCUUCUCCUGCUCCAGUAUACAAGCAGGCAUCUGUGCUCUCUGGCUCAUGACUUCUCCCCCAUUCCCAGAUCUGGACAUGCACUCUAUGCCUACAGAAAUCAUCCUGCUCUGCAAUGAGGGCUCCGUCUUCAUGUUCUAUUGUGUCUUGGGCUACAUGGGGCUGCUGGCUGCAGUCAGCUUUGCAGUGGCCUUCCUGGCCAGGAAGUUGCCUGACAGCUUCAAUGAGGCCAAGUUCAUCACCUUCAGCAUGCUGGUCUUCUGCAGCGUCUGGGCCUCCUUUGUUCCCACCUACCUCAGCACAAGAGGAAAGGCCAUGGUGGCUGUGGAGAUCUUCUCCAUCUUGACCUCCAGUGCUGGCUUACUGGGCUGCAUAUUCUUCCCCAAAUGCUACAGUAUUGUGCUGAGACCUGAGCUCAACAACAGAGAGCAGCUCAUGCGAAGGAAAAUGUAA